UUUCCAUUAUAUAAAUUCUCUUCUUCUUCCUCUCCGCCUCCGGGAUCGGUCACUCCACUCACAAAUCCAAUCCACUGAGUUCAGAGAGACCGAGUCUAACAAAGCAAACCCACCAAAAAAAACGACAUGUCGGACAGCGAGGAGCACCACUUCGAGUCCAAGGCCGAUGCCGGAGCCUCCAAGACUUACCCUCAGCAAGCUGGUACUAUUCGCAAGAAUGGCUACAUCGUCAUCAAGAACCGUCCUUGCAAGGUUGUUGAAGUUUCCACCUCUAAGACUGGCAAGCACGGUCAUGCUAAGUGCCACUUUGUUGGAAUUGACAUUUUCACUGCCAAGAAACUUGAAGAUAUUGUGCCAUCUUCCCAUAACUGUGAUGUUCCUCAUGUCAACCGUACUGACUACCAGCUGAUUGAUAUCUCUGAGGAUGGAUUUGUGAGUUUGCUGACUGAAAAUGGGAACACCAAGGAUGAUCUGAAGCUCCCAACUGAUGACAAUUUGCUGACCCAGAUCAAGGAUGGAUUUGCUGAAGGCAAGGACCUGGUUGUCUCUGUGAUGUCUGCAAUGGGAGAGGAGCAGAUUUGUGCUCUGAAGGACAUUGGCCCCAAGUAGUUUCUUUAUAAUAAUUCAGAAACUGUUGUUGGAAACUUUAGUUCAAAUAUUUUUGUGAGCCUUUAUAGCUUGCUUUUCUUAAGACACAGCGGGUAUACUUGGUGGUUGUGCGGAUGGAGUUAUGCGGGUCUGGAAAACGAAGUUAUAUAAUGUUAUGUUUGUCUUUCAAAGACUUGCUUUCAUCA